CUUUGUUAAAACAGGCAUGAUCGGUCAGUGAGCUCCCUGUCUCUCUCUCUCUCUCUCGGUGUAGCACAUCCAGUCGAGAUGCUGCCAAGGCUUUGGGUUGUGACGAUCGCUCUCCUGUUCUUUGCCUCGUGCAUCCUGUGUACAAACCCGGGACUGAAAACAAGAGUUACACAAAAAACCUUGGACCAUGCUCGUAUCGUUGGGAUAUCUGUGUUACAGCAGAAAAUGCAGAAGAUGAAGAUUCCAAAUGUGUAUGGUAAAAAGCGUGUGAAGUUUAUUGGCCGAAUCCGUUACCGUUUCACAGGCCUUCAGAUUUUACGGUUUGGCUUACCUCAGUCCUCUUUGAAAUUCGUUGCUGGGAAAGGCAUCCAGUUUUCUGUCACUGAUGGCUACAUUGGUGUGAGGGGCGAUUUUAGAGUAAAGAAGCGUCGUUUCUUUAGGACGAGUGGAUCGUUUGAGGUAUCUGUGAGCAGGCUGUCAAUAUCACAGACUAUAGGACUGACCCGGGACAAUACAGGUCGUCCUGCAAUCCGCAGCAUUGCCUGUUCAGCCAAUGUCGGUACAGUUCAUGUCAAGUUCACCAAAAAGAAAAGAUGGUUGUACAAUCUAUUCCGCAAAUUCGUAGAGAAACCCAUCAAGCGUGCUCUUAACAAACAGAUUUGUUCUCAAAUCUCUAAUGCCAUCAAAGAUCUGAAAAAUGAUCUAAAGAGCAUGAAAAUAUCUUUCCGCCUUAAUGCCUUCGCUGGGGUUGACUAUUCUCUGGUUAAUCCAAUUAAAUUCACAUCCAAUGCCAUGGACCUGGAUUUUAAGGGUGAAGUUUUCAGAGUGGGACAUCGUAAAGAACCUCCCUUCAAGCCACCUCCAGUCAGCCUCCCUAGUCAAAGCAAUCACAUGUUGUACUUGGGAAUAUCCGAUUUCCUGGCUAAUUCAGCAGGAUUUGUGUUUCAGAAAGCUGGAGCUUUGCAAAUGAAGAUUACAGAUACAAUGAUCCCGAAACAGUCACCAUUCAGAUUAAACACAAGGUCCUUUGGUUUAAUCAUGCCUCAGCUGAAAGAGCUCUAUCCUAAUAUGAACAUGAUAAUGAACCUCAAAGCUACUAAGCCACCAGUUGUGAGGGCUGCAAAAAACAGCAUCAGCGUUCGUGCAUAUGGUGCCCUUGACGUAUUAGCGAUCCUCCCAAACUCAUCACUUGUAUCACUUUUUGUCCUGAACAUUGAUGCGAGUGUCUCUGCGAGGGUCAAUAUCGCAGGGAUGAAACUGAUUGGAUCCGUAAUGCUGAAUCAUCUGAAAUUGUCUCUUGGACAUUCUAAAGUGGGCCCUGUUCCGGUGACUGGUCUACAACUGUUAAUCAAGAUUGUAAUAAAAGCAGUGGUGUUACCAAAAGUCAAUGGUGAACUAGCCGGUGGUGUUCCACUUCCAACUGUGAAACAUUUUGACCUUUUAAACCCUGUGCUAAUGGUGAACCAGAACAUUCUGGUGAUUGCAACCGAUAUUCGUUACCGCCCAGGAACCAGCAGCCACUCCCAGCCAGUGCUUUGUGAGGGGAAAGAAAACCGGACCUCUGAUUAUUUUGAUGAACUGGCCACUUAUUAAGCUGAGAAAUUUACAUAAGGCCACUGAAUUUUCUCUGUCAAAUAUUCAUUUCUAGCUUGAUCGUUUUCAGUAUAGUGCAUUGCAAACAAAAGCUAUUGUUAAGCUCCAUCUCUGGGUUCUUACUCUUUGUAUGAACUUUUGUGAAAGACUUUCAUGAAGCAGAAGGAAAUAACUGCUGAAAUCUUCCUGUAUGUAUUGUUGGAAGAAUAUAAAAACAAAAAUAACCAACUUUAGGAGAACCAAACCUUGGUGCUAACAAGCAUUAGCAACAGUCGAGUUUUCAUUGCUUUUGAUCUCAACCCCUAUUUUUUGAGAAGGGGUUUAAAAGAAACUUUUGGUCAUUUUGUUUAACAUUUGCAUGAGCUCCUGAGAGAAGUGCAAAUUCUUCAGUAUAUCUGUGAUUGGGUAUCUGUUAUAUCGAGCUGUUUAUUAAACAAAGGCAACAAACUUCCUGUGGAUGUGCAUUUACUUUCUUGCUGAGCUGUAUACAAAUAAAGAUAUGAAA